UACGACUUUCUGGGCAAACGGUACGACUUUCUCGGAAAACGUGCCCCGUAUGACUUCAUAGGGAAGCGGCCGUUUGGACAGGGGGAGCAGAGUGGGACUUACUUCAUCACCUCGCCCGAACUUCUCCAGCCAGGCUGGGAGCCUUCUGCACAGUCUCUCAUACCCGUUAAUGUCCACCCCGUUAAGCGUUACUCUGAGUUUUUAGGAAAGCGAAAGAGAACCAUGGAGCAAGGUCAGGCCGCCAUGACAGACCGAGAGAGGCUGGCCGCCAUCUUGCAGGACAGUGGCUUGCGGAAGAGAUUGUCGAUGAUGCUUUUGAACCGACGGAUCUCUCAAGCUCAGAUUAUCCCGGAGUUUAUCGGCAAAUAA